CGAACUAGAUACAUAUAUCUAUUUGGAUAGGCUAAAAGAUCAUUUCUGCCAAAGUAAAAACAUAUAUAAAUAAAAUAAUUAACAUACAUAUAUAAAAAUAAAAUAAUGGACGCACUCAUAACAAUUAACUGAAAAAAAAAUUAAAUACAAUCAUAAUUAUUAAUGUUUUCAAUGUCUUUUGAAAUACAUUCUUAAUGAUUCUACCAAUAAUUAUUUUCAUUAAUACUAUAAAUGUACAGUUUUUCAUACUAUCAACUAUUUAAGGAUUGCUAAAUUGUCCUCCAAUUGAUACCAACUAAAUAUUUUACAAAAAUAGAAAAAAAAAAAUCUUAUUUGGAUUGCGUAUAGUAUACUUCAUGGAGUACUCUUUUCUUAGUGACUUACACAAUGAAUCGGAGAGUUGGAUGAUAAGGGUUAGGGUAUGUCGAAUGUGGGAAUCUCUUAACACUAAGAAAAAUGGAGAAUUGAUUCACCUCAACUUGAUUUUUAUUGAUGAGCAGGAAAAUCUAAUCCAUGCCACCAUCACAAAAACUUUAGUUCCUAGGUUUAAGAACCUAUUGAGUGAAGGCUCCUUGUAUAGUAUCAAGGGUUUCAAGGUUGUCAAAAGCACAGGGGAAUAUAGACCACUUUCCAAUGAGUAUAGGAUUAUUUUUUUGGUUGGAACUUCUCUCAUGAAGUUAGAAGAAGAAACGAUUCAGAUUCCAAUUAAUGGAUUUCAAUUUAUUACUCCAAAUUUAAUUGAUUUGCGUGUUAAUAAUAAUGAAAUACUCUCAGAUGUUGUUGGGUGUCUACGUGGUGUGGGUGAUUAUGAAACUGUUGGAGGGGGCUGGAAAAAAAGAGAUAUCACCAUUCUAACAAAUUAUUCGGAGACAUCGAAGAUUACUUUGUGGGGAGAUUUGGGAAAGAUGUUCGAACCAAAAUUAUAUGAGAAGGAUAAUGGCCCUGUGAUUGUGAUUGUAACUUCAACAACUAUUAAAAAUUUUAGAGGUGAAGUUAGUUACUCUACGACAACUGCCAGCAAAAUAUACAUAACUCUGAAAACAGAUUAUGUAGCAUCAUUAGUAGAAAAAUUUUCUACCAUCUCCAAUGGUGUUGAAGUGAUAGAGAGGUCAAAUGUGAAUAAGAUUUCACCUGAGGAAGAGAUGUUCCUUAACAGGAUGAGCAUUGAAGAACUCUUAAAGACUGAUUGGAGUCCUCAACUUAAGGAAUAUUUUCUUACUGUGAGGGGAAAAAUAACAGAAAUAGACAACACAUUUGGAUGGUACUAUAUCUCCUGCCAAAAAUGCUUUAGAAAACUUGAACUUGAAGAUGGUGUUUAUAAAUGUUCCAAGUGCAACAACAAAUGUGACUAUCCUCUUGUGAAGUACAAAAUACAUAUAAAAGUUGAGGACAAGACUGCAGAGACAACUUUGGUGAUAUUUAAUGAUAUAGCUGAGAGCUUACUUGACACAGCAGCAAACAAGUUGUUUAAACAAACAACCGAUGAUGUUCCAACAGAAACUCAAAGUCUUUGUGGCAGAGAAUUUGUUUACAAGUUGAAGUUGAAUACGUAUAAUUUGAAAUAUGGACAUGAGAAUUUUACAGUGUCAAAGGUUUUCAAUCUGAAUGAGAAAUUAGAAGAGCAAGAUGAGUUGAAGAAAAUAAAAGAUCAUAAGGAAAAAAAUAAUAAUACUAAUGAAGAAAAUGAGAAUAAAAAUCGAAAGGAGUUACAUUUUAAAGACAUAACUGUUGCAAAAGAUUUAGAAGAUUCUGAUGAAGAUUAUCAUCAUAGCACUUCUCUUACCAAAAAAAAUAGAAAAAACAUAAUUAUUGAAGAUGAUAGUGAUGAUGAAAAUAUGAAUCAAAAAGCGAUUGAGAAAAUAGUGUAAUUAGUAUUAUUGCAAUCCAUCUUGUGGAGUCCUUUGUUUUAAAUUUUAUUUUAUUUUGAUAUAGUAUUUGUGGUGUGAUGAGAGUUUUGUUAUUUUCUUAUUUAUGUACUGUUUAAGUGUGAUUUGAUGAAAUACUUUAAUUAUAUAUCGUUUAAGUGUGUUA